CCGAAUGGCUUUAGUUUAGCGCAACGCCACUCCUCCGGCGCCUCGCGUCUCCAUUUCCACGGCCUUAUCACGUCCACAUACACAUUUUUCCGGGAAGAUGGGCGUCCUCGUUAGCUUCGUUCGGACUAUCACUCCUGGGGCGCGUCACUUUGGCAAAGCGAGCCAGCGCGAGUUUUCGAGUGUCGGCUUCGUGGGCCUCGGCAACAUGGGCGCCUUCAUGGCGAGAAAUCUGAUAAAGAAGGGCUACAAAUUAACCGUCUACGACAUCAACAAGAAGGCGGUCGAGGGUGUGGUCAGCGCCGGGGCCAAAGGCGCGCAGAACGUCGCCGAGGUGUCCAAGAAUUCCGAGGUGGUCGUUACUAUGCUGCCGAUGAACCAGCACGUGUUGGAUUGCUACACCGGCAAGGACGGCAUCAUCAGCGCGGCGAGGAAGGGCACGCUGCUGGUCGACAGCAGCACCAUCGACUCGUCGGUCGCGCAGCAAGUCGCCCACGAAGCCCAGAAGAGCGGCUUGAGGUUCAUCGACGGCCCGGUGUCCGGAGGAGUCGUCGGUGCGGAAAACGGUACGUUGACCUUCAUGGUCGGCGGUGCCAAGUCCGAUUACGAGCAGGCGAAGUCGUUCCUCGAAGCCAUGGGAUCACGCGCAGUGCACUGCGGUGAAGUCGGCAUGGGACAAGUCGCCAAGAUCUGUAAUAACAUGUUGCUGGCUAUUCAGAUGAUCGGACUCAGCGAGGCUCUCAGUUUGGGUGACAAAUUGGGUCUCGACCCGAAAAUACUCACCGACAUCGUCAACACGAGCACGGGCCGAUGCUGGUCGUCGGAAAUUUACAACCCGGUGCCCGGUAUCAUUCCUACGGUGCCAAGCUCUAAAAAUUACGAGGGUGGAUUCGGCACGGCGCUGAUCUCGAAAGACCUUGGCUUGGCGCAAGCUGCUGCAACGAGGGUAGGAUCGCCGAUCGCUCUUGGCUCCCUCUCUCACCAGAUCUACAGGACGAUGAUGGCCCACGGUCUCGGUCCCAAAGACUUCAGCGUCAUUUAUCAGUUCAUUAGAGGACAAAUGAAGAUAUGAACCAGCGAGCGUUGCGUAAGCGCGAUAAGCUUGGCCCGAAGAAGAUCAUUUAGCGACAAAUUAAUUCGCGCGAGCGACAAAAAGACGAAAACACGCUCGUUAUCUGUAUGCCGAUAGAAAUCAAAACAGAUACGGAUGCUUUUCGUAGCCUGUGUCGAAUGAUAACGCCGCGCGCAUAGCAUGUAUAUACAUACAUACGCGCGCACACAUACACACGCGCGCGCGCACCCACAUUUAUACAAAAUUUAUUUUUUUAUGCAACAGACUAUGAAAUAUAUUUUUAUGCAUGUUUUUAAAGAGAGGCUUUUAA